AUGUCAACGAACAGGGAUGCGCCGAUAUGUGCUAUUACAGGGCCCACGAGUGGAAUUGGCAAAGCCACUGCCCACAGCCUGGCUGCCAUGGGCUUCGAGUUGAUCCUGUUGUGUCGGAAUAAGAAGAAGGGAACCGAAUUAGUGGAAAGCCUGCGCGGAUUAAUGGGAAAGGAGAGAAAUAGUCGUGCUGAUGCGAAG